AUGACAGCCGGAAUUUUUAAGGAAUGGUUCAAAGAAAUGUUUGUUCCUGAGAGAAAGCACUUCACCCCCAGUCAUCCCCCAGUAGAGGAACUUUUAUCUGAUGAUGGACUAAUUCAAGUUAUGUAUAUGCCUCCCAAUGUGACACCCCUAAUUCAACCUAUGGACCAAAACGUUAUUAGGUUGACUAAACUGCAUUAUCGCUCCAUGUUUUUGGCAAUGGUUGUAGCUAAUAAAUCUAAGGACAUGAAUCUUGUUGUUGGAUGGAGUUGGAAACAUAUUUUCGAAAGCCAAAGCAAUGAUGAUCGUGAAGACACAAUACCCUUGGCAACUCUUCGUCAAGAAUUGCUAAGCCUGAAUAGCAUUGUAGAGACUAACCUCAAUUUAUUAGAAGAAAUUGAUCCAGGGCAAGACUUCGAACGUGGAGAUAUCGAAGAAUGGAAUAAAGAUGACUUCGUUGAACAUGAUGAGAAUUGUCCUGCAGUGUCUAAUGAUUCAGAAACCGAACAGCAUCAAGAUCCAGAGGUUUCUCAGGCUAUGGAUAAAGUCACUCACGUUGAGGCAGUUCGUAUAUUUAACAGAGGUCUAGAAUGGGCGGAGCAAAACAAUGCCGACUUCGAGGAUAUUUAG